AUGACUGAACGCUUCCACGAGCCGAGAAGCACUAGCACCGACACCGACACCGACGCCGUGGUCUCAUCUCCGGACAUCACCACUCGCGAGCUUGCGAGACCACCUUCCGUGCCGCCCCCGACUCCACCGCCAACCUUAACACCUGAUGAAGCCACACCAUCUACAACGACAGAAACCGAUGCGAGUGGGGACAGUAAUAUGAAGGGGCCUAUAUCGCCGCAAGUAGCAGCUAGCGUUCAUGGAACCGACGGGUCAUCACCGCCCCGACUAGACGACAGCCGCCCCGCCGUUGCUCCGCUCGCCGUUCUCGCCGAGGCAGCCUCGGUACAAUCGGCUUGGCAGGAGGGGUUACUCAACGUACCAUCCCCGCUAGCCAACGUCGAAGAGUGAGUUGGUGCCCAUUUUACGGUACCGUGUUGCCAUUUCCUAUCCCGACGGUGUCGGUUCGAAUAGGGGAAGGCGGUCGGGCGGGCGAGGAUCGAGGCGAAUCUAGAGCGGAGCACCGAACGUUGUCUAGCGCUUCCCCCAUCCCCGAGCCGUCCCCGACGACCCUCCUUUCGACGACCGCGAGCUGACCUCGCGUCGUACCACCUCGCCUUUAGAUCUUUUGAGCUCAAGAUUAUUCAGCAACCGGGGGUCGGCGCCGAGGCUGGAUUCGGCAAGAUGACGCUUGGGCGGGUGAGUUGCGCCGCUUAGCAAUCUUCAGGCGCCUUCUCCCUUCUCCUUUUUCGGCGCACUUCGGCCUCGUUCGCGUUCGAGAGAGCUGACCACGCCUCGUCUUCCUAAACAUGGGAUUGCGUAUGUUGACGCGCAUGAUACCCCAUUUUUGGUUCCCUUCAUCACUGUCAGCUUCCCGUGGUACCCGCACCUGUAGUACAAGUCUUGGCCAAAGACACCCGAGGACGACCCAUGUCAGUACUCCCAACUCGUCUUCGGCAAGGAGUCAUUGUUCCCUCUGCGUGAUGUAUACUGCGUUCUCCAAUACUAUGCUAAGGUCUCGACCAUGGAUUUGGCCUUACUUCAAACAGAGAUCGGGAAUUUCCCUACCUGUUCUGCUCGUGUGCACUCAAGGCGAAAGACGGGACCUCGCCCAUCGACUCGGCCCAAGCCUCGACUCCUUUCGACACCGCUCCGCCGCCAAUUCCCUCAACCUCUUCCGCUGUAUUCUCGCCUCAAAUCGAGCCCGAGUUCAGCGCUCUUGUCGGAAAUCUGGUCAGCAACAGUCAGCGUGCGACCAAUCUCGACGGCGAUUUAGGGAACUACUUUGUGUUUGAAGACCUAGCCGUGCGGGGGAAGGGCACGUACAAGCUCGAGUUUCGAUUGGGCAAGAUGUGAGUCGUCGGAGGUUUCGGUGCGCGUGUUGAUUCGAGGAAAGGAGAGGCUGAUCGUCAUGUGCGCCUGUGCUCAAUGCUCCAGACAACGUCCUUCAUCGCCCAAGCUGGCAUCGGUCGUCUCUGACGCCUUCGACGUUGUUGACUGGCGUGAUUAUCCGGGGAGGCCAGCAGAUAGUGAGCCCUGCGCGGUGUCGGUAGGCCGGCCGGGCCUGCAUGCUUGUGCCAGCUGACGCGCUCUCGUGAUGUCGUUCGAGCAGGAGUCCUCACCAAUUUAUCCAGACACUUGGCGAACCAGGGGAUCCCGAUGUACAUCCCUCCGCUGCAUCAGCUGCCGGCGCUUCCCGAGUGA